CAAGGCCAAGAGCAUGUAACGGAGUUGCCGGAUUGUGGACAAUAGUGGUGUUUUUACUGCGCUGUUUUAAACCUUUCGUAACAGUUCUUUUUUUAUUGUCACUUAAGAACAGACUCGUUGCCGGAGAUGGGAGUCCCGGCGUUUUUCCGAUGGCUGAGCCGCAAAUAUCCGUCAAUUAUUGUACACUGUGUGGAGGAGAAGGGGAAAGAAUGUAACGGUGUUCGUAUCCCUGUCGACACAACCAAACCGAACCCCAAUGAGGUGGAAUUUGACAAUUUAUAUCUGGACAUGAAUGGGAUCAUUCACCCCUGUACACAUCCAGAAGACAAACCAGCCCCCAAAAAUGAAGAUGAGAUGAUGGUCGCCAUCUUUGAGUACAUCGACCGGCUGUUCAACAUUGUACGGCCAAGGCGAGUCCUGUACAUGGCCAUUGAUGGAGUGGCUCCACGGGCUAAAAUGAAUCAGCAGCGUUCUCGACGGUUUCGUGCUUCCAAAGAGGGAGUGGAACUGGCCGAGGAAAAGCACCGUAUGAGGGAGGAGAUCAUCCAGAGAGGUGGGUAUCUUCCACCAGAGGAGAUUAAGGAGAGGUUUGACAGUAACUGCAUCACUCCAGGCACAGAGUUCAUGGACAACCUGGCACAUUGUCUCCGUUACUACAUCGCAGACAGACUGAGCAACGACCCGGGAUGGAAGAACGUCACAGUUUUCCUCUCAGACGCCAGCGUUCCAGGUGAAGGUGAACACAAGAUCAUGGACUUCAUCAGGAGACAGAGAGCUCAGCCGAACCACGACCCCAACACACACCACUGUCUGUGUGGAGCUGAUGCUGAUCUCAUCAUGCUGGGUCUGGCCACCCAUGAGCCAAACUUCACCAUCAUCCGAGAAGAGUUCAAACCCAACAAACCCCGACCCUGCGCUCUGUGUGGACAGAUGGGCCAUGAAAUCAAAGAGUGCCAGGGGACGGCCCGAGAGAAGAAGGGGGAGCAUGAUGAGUUUGCCGAAACAAUGCCAGUGUCUGAGCAGGAGUUCAUCUUCAUCAGGCUGUGUGUGCUGCGGGAGUAUCUGGCCAGAGAGCUGACCAUGGCCAGUCUGCCGUUCCCCUUCGACUUCGAGAGGAGCGUCGACGACUGGGUCUUCAUGUGCUUCUUUGUAGGAAAUGACUUCCUGCCGCAUCUGCCGUCACUAGAAAUCAGAGAGGGGGCCAUAGAUCGACUCGUCAACAUCUACAAAACGGUUGUGCACAAAACUGGGGGUUACCUGACGCAGAACGGAUACGUCAACCUGGAGCGAGUGGAGAUGAUCAUGCAGGCGGUGGGCGUGGCAGAGGAUAACAUCUUCAAGAAGCGCAAAGAGGAUGACGAAAGCUUCAAAAGACGACAGAAAGAGAAAAAGAAGAGAAUGAAGUUGGAGCAGCAGGGCCCCGCCUACCUGACCACAGGCCAGUUCGCCCCCCACGCCCUGGGGAGGAGGGGCCAACCAGAACCCGUCCACAACGCCCGACACCAGGCCUUCAACAUGCGAAUGCAGAACAUGGAGCAACACAACAGGGAUGCUGCUCAGUCUCUGAAGGCCAUGAUGAGGAACAGUGGAAAUUCAUCUGCAGGACCCAGUAACAGCUCAGAAAGCAGAGGGGUGAAAAGACCAGCAGAUGACAGUGACAGCGAACCAGAACCUGAAGACAACGUCAGGUUGUGGGAGGAGGGUUGGAAACAGAGAUACUACAAGACCAAGUUUGAUGUGGACGUGUCGGACGAUGGCUUCAGGAAGAAGGUGGUCCAGUCGUAUGUGGAGGGUCUCUGCUGGGUCCUGCGCUAUUAUUACCAGGGCUGUGCUUCUUGGAAAUGGUACUUUCCGUUCCACUAUGCUCCGUUCGCUUCUGACUUUAAAGACAUCAGCGAGAUGUUCAAGGAGUUUGAAAAGGAGACCAAACCGUUUAAGCCUCUGGAACAGCUGAUGGGAGUGUUUCCUGCUGCCAGUGGCAACUUCCUGCCUCCAACAUGGAGGAACCUCAUGAGCAGUCCAGAUUCCUCCAUCAUCGAUUUCUACCCCGACGACUUUGCCAUCGAUCUGAACGGAAAAAAAUAUGCCUGGCAGGGUGUGGCUUUGUUGCCUUUUGUGGAUGAGCGUCGGCUGAGAGCAGCUCUGGCUGACGUCUACGGUGACCUCACACCUGAAGAAACAAAGAGAAACAGUCUGGGCAGCGACGUGUUGUUUCUCUCAAAGUCCCACCCACUCUUCGACUUCAUCCACGAACUUUACCGCACAGAGUCCCACGAGGACACUGAGAUUCCUCCUGAGCUGUGCCAUGGAAUCCAAGGAAUAUUAAAUCUUGACGACAACCCCAUCCUGCCAGAUAAGACGGUGCAGUCGCCAAUUCCAAUGCUAAGAGACAUCACUCAGAACUCCUCCAUCGGAGUGAAGUUCAAGGACCCGCAGUACGCAGAUGGUUUUGUGUUUAAGGCCGCCCUGCUUCCUGCAGCCAAGAUACCCAAUAAGGUCCUGAAACCUGGAGACUGGGAGAAGUCCAACAGGGAGCCAUGGAGACCCCAGCUGGGCUUCAACCCCAACCGACAGCAGGCGCACCUGGACCAGUCGGCCUUCAGAGCACUGGAUCACAACAUGAACAGAAACCAGCACGGUGGGGGACAGUACAGCAACACCCCCCCUCCAGGAAGCUACCACCGAGGAAACUACCGUUCUCAUCACGGCGGCGGACACCAGCCUGCGUACCAACAUUCCAGGCAGACCGGUUUGCUGGGAGCGCCUCCCUCCUUCCACCCGUCCCAUAAUCCAAGGCAGCAGUCAUAUGGUGGCGGUGGCGGCGGUGGCGGUCACGGCUGGGACCGGGCCAUGCAGCAGCAGCAGUCGGCCUAUCAGCAGAACAUGAACCGUGGAGGAGGGGCGGGGCCAGGCAACUACCAGCAGCGUUACGACAACCGCCGUGACGACUGGCAAGACCGCAGAGACAACCGAGGACAACACCAUCAGGGCUACAACUCGGGCAGAGGUUUCCCUCUUCCUCCUCCUUCCAGAAGAUACAACUGGAACUAAACUGAACUCCAAGUAAACCUGGACUUUGGGACCGUAAAAGGGGCAAGGGAUUGUUUUUUUUUUGUUUUUUUUAUAGAGAGACCAGCUGUUUUUGUUUUGUUUUGGGGUUUUUUGUUUUCUUUUUAUCGUCUUGUACAAUGUUUUUUUCCCUUUGUAUUGUACACAACAACAAAGAUAAAGUAAUCUGUGGUUUUUAAAAUGUAAAACUCCAAGUGAGUCGCUUUGUUUAAUUUUUGAGAGAAGUCUCCAAAGUGUUCCAAGUGUUUAAGAAAAAAAUAAAAUAAAAUAGUAGCUGUGAAAUUUGGAUCUGAUUUGUCUGAAAGAAAGUAAUUUUUUAUCAACAAACGAAAAGAAAAAAAAAUGAUGUUGAAUGUAAUUUUUUUGCGAUUCGUGUUGGUUUGAUUCAAAGUUUCCAGUUUAACACAAAGAAUCUAAAAUCUAUU